UGCUUUUGAGUUUUCAUUAGAGUUGAGUUUCAACUACUCAAAAAGUGCUGUUCUAUUGGGGUUCUUGUUGGGUAGUCAGGUUUCUGUUAGAUCUCUAUAGUAAUCAAUUCUGAGUUACAAAUCUUGAGUGGGUUGGGUAGUUAUAGGCUGUCCAAUGGAGAGUAGUGAUUCAUAUGGAAUCAGUAGUUUUCGUGGUAACAAUUAUUCAAUUUGGAAUAACAGUGCAGUUGAUGUCUUCUCCAAAUCUUCUAUAGAAGAAGAUGAUGAAGAAGCUCUGAAAUGGGCUGCUUUAGAGAAACUACCAACUUAUAACCGUCUCAGGAAAGGCGUACUGGCUGGCUUAGAAGGUGAGACCAAGGAAAUUGACAUUAAGAGUUUGGAUUUAUCAGAUAGGAAGAUUUUGUUAGAAAGGUUGGUUAAAGUUGCAGACGACAAUGAGAAUUUCUUGUUGAAACUCAAGGACCGUCUUGAUCGAGUUGGAAUUGAUGUUCCCACUAUUGAAGUCCGCUAUGAACAUGUUAAUGUAGAUGCAGAAGCUUAUGUGGGAAGUAGAGCUUUACCUACAGUACUCAAUUUCUAUGCUAAUAUAUUAGAGGGGUUCUUGAGCAAUCUUCAUAUUCUCCCAAGUAGAAAGAAGCCACUCUCAAUCCUUCAUGAUGUCAGUGGAAUAAUAAAACCUGGCAGAAUGACAUUGCUUUUAGGCCCUCCAAGCUCUGGAAAGACAACCUUGCUGUUGUCUUUAGCGGGAAUGCUUGAUCGAGAUCUAAAAUUCUCUGGGAGAAUAACUUACAAUGGCCAUGGAAUGGAUGAAUUUGUCCCACAAAGGACAGCGGCAUAUAUUAGUCAACAAGAUCUCCACAUAGGGGAAAUGACAGUAAGAGAAACCUUAGCUUUUUCUGCAAGAUGUCAAGGGGUAGGAACCCGAUAUGAGAUGUUGGCCGAGUUGUUGAGAAGAGAAAAGAAGGCAAGCAUUAAGCCAGACGCCGACCUUGAUAUUUACAUGAAGGCAGCAGCACUAGAUGGACAGGAGAUCAGUGUGGUCACAGAUUAUGUUUUAAAGAUCUUGGGGCUCGAGGUUUGUGCUGAUACCUUGGUGGGAGAUCAAAUGCUGAGAGGGAUCUCUGGAGGACAAAGAAAGCGUGUCACAACAGGGGAGAUGUUGGUUGGACCAGCAAGUGCACUUUUCAUGGAUGAGAUAUCAACUGGUUUGGACACUUCGACAACCUUUCAGAUUGUGAAUUCAAUUAGGCAAUCCAUCAACAUUCUAAAUGCGACUGCAGUAAUAUCUCUCCUCCAGCCAGCACCAGAGGUUUAUGAUCUAUUUGAUGACAUUAUUCUCUUAUCAGAUGGGCAGAUUGUUUACCAGGGUCCUAGUGAACAUGUGCUCGAGUUUUUUGAAUAUAUGGGAUUCAAAUGUCCUGAAAGGAAGGGAGUUGCUGACUUCUUGCAAGAAGUGACAUCGAGGAAAGAUCAACAACAGUACUGGACACAUGAAAACAAACCAUACAGAUUCAUCCCUGUCAAGGAAUUCUCUGAGGCAUUCCACUCAUUCCACGUAGGUCAGAAGCUAGCAGAUGAACUUGCAGCCCCAUUUGAUAAGAACAAUAGUCACCCAGCUGCCUUAGUGACCAAAAAAUAUGGUGUCAGCAAGAAGGAACUGUUGAGAGCCUGCAUAUCAAGAGAAAUAUUACUGAUGAAGAGAAACUCUUUUGUCUACAUUUUCAAGAUGGUACAGAUUACUGUUGUGGCAUUCAUAACAAUGACCAUAUUCUUGCGUACUGAGAUGAAGCGAGAUUCAGUAACCGAUGGUGGGAUUUUUUUGGGCGCUUUGUUCUAUGCUCUUAACUUUCUUAUGUUUAAUGGUUUCUCAGAGCUUGCCAUGACUGUAAUGAAGCUUCCUGUGUUUUACAAGCAAAGAGACUUCUUUUUCUAUCCUGCUUGGGCAUUCUUAUUGCCCACAUGGAUCGUAAAGAUCCCACUAACACUAGUCGAAGUUGCCAUUUGGGUGUUCAUUACUUACUAUGUCAUAGGAUUUGACCCAAGCAUUGCAAGGUUUUUCAAACAGUACCUUCUGCUUGUAUGCCUUAAACAGAUGGCAUCUGGAUUGUUCAGAUUCAUUGGAACAGUGGGGAGGAACAUGAUUAUUGCGAACACAUUUGGGUCCUUUGCAUUCCUCAUACUCAUGGGUCUUGGGGGAUUUAUCUUGUCAAGAGACAAUAUAAAAAUAUGGUGGAAAUGGGGCUACUGGAUCUCUCCAUUGAUGUAUGCACAAAAUGCAUUAGUCGUAAAUGAGUUCCUGGGGAAAAGUUGGAAACAUGUUCAAUCCAAUUCAACAGAGUCAUUAGGAGUGGCAGUCCUAAAAUCUCGUGCGUUCUUCACUGAUGCUUAUUGGUAUUGGAUUGGAGUAGGAGCAUUGAUUGGUUAUGUUUUCCUAUUCAAUGGUCUAUCUAUUUUGGCUGUGUCAUAUCUCAAUCCAUUUGGGAAGCCUCAAGCAGUUCUAUCUGAGGAAAAGAGCUCUGUAGAAAGUGGAGACGAAACUAAAAUAACCAUUUCGUCUAGGACUUCAUCUGCAAGGAUAACAGCAAGUGAUGCCAAUAUGAGCAUGAAUCGGGGAAUGGUUCUUCCAUUUGAACCACUGUCCCUCACCUUUGAUGAAAUUAGAUACUCUGUAGACAUGCCUAAGGAAAUGAAAGCACGAGGUGUUACAGAGGACCGCCUUGAGCUUAUCAAGGGAGUCAGUGGAGCUUUUAGGCCAGGAGUUCUUACAGCUUUAAUGGGUGUCAGUGGUGCUGGUAAGACCACUUUGAUGGAUGUUUUGGCUGGAAGAAAAACUGGAGGCUAUAUCAAGGAAAACAUGAAAAUAUCUGGCUAUCAAAAAAAACAGGAAACAUUUGCUCGUGUAUCUGGAUACUGUGAACAGAAUGACAUCCACUCGCCCCAUGUUACGGUCUAUGAGUCCUUGCUCUAUUCUGCUUGGCUUCGGCUACCUCCUGAAGUCAAUUCUUCCACUAGAAAGAUGUUCAUUAAGGAGGUCAUGGAGCUUGUAGAACUAACGACAUUGAGGCAAGCAAUUGUUGGACUGCCAGGUGUAAAUGGUCUCUCAACAGAGCAGCGCAAGAGGCUAACCAUCGCAGUUGAACUCGUUGCCAACCCUUCAAUUGUAUUCAUGGAUGAGCCAACCUCUGGCCUAGAUGCAAGGGCAGCAGCUAUAGUGAUGAGAACAGUACGAAACAUCGUGGACACUGGACGUACAGUUGUGUGCACCAUCCAUCAGCCAAGUAUUGACAUAUUUGAUUCUUUUGAUGAGCUAUUUUUACUGAAACAAGGAGGAGAAGAAAUAUAUGUAGGCCCGUUGGGGAAACACUCAUGUCAUUUGAUCAAGUAUUUUGAGGCAAUUGAAGGAGUCAAUAAAAUAAAAGAUGGUUACAAUCCAGCAACAUGGAUGUUAGAAGUGACAGCAGCAGCCCAAGAAGCAGUUUUAGGAAUCAACUUCAGUGAUAUAUAUAAGAAUUCAGAACUAUACAAGAGAAACAAAGCAAUGAUUGUGGAACUGAAUGAGCCUAUCCCUGGUUCAAAAGACCUUCAUUUCCCUACUCAGUACUCUCAGUCUUUCUUCAACCAGUGUGUAGCUUGCCUUUGGAAACAACAUUGGUCUUACUGGAGGAACCCACCAUAUACUGCCAUUAGGCUCUUCUUCACAACUAUCAUAGCGCUGCUGUUGGGGACUAUGUUUUGGAACCUUGGAUCUAGAAGCCAAAGGCAACAGGAUAUCUUCAAUGCGACGGGUUCUAUGUAUGUUGCUAUUAUUUUCCUUGGGAUAACAAAUGCCUUCACAGUACAGCCAGUUGUAGCCAUUGAAAGAAUAGUCUUUUAUAGAGAGAGAGCUGCUGGAAUGUAUUCAGCUUUGUCAUAUGCCUUUGCCCAAGUAAUGGUUGAGCUUCCAUAUAUCUUCAUACAGGCUGUAAUAUAUGGCAUUAUAGUGUAUUUAAUGAUUGGAUUUCAUUGGAAGGUUGCAAAGUUCUUUUGGUAUCUGUUCUUCAUGUAUUUCACAUUGUUAUACUUCACCUUUUAUGGUAUGAUGGCAGUGGCCGUGACGCCCAACCAACACAUAGCUUCUAUAGUUUCGACUGGAUUCUAUUCAUUAUGGAACCUUUUCUCAGGAUUUAUAAUUCCAAGAAUGAGGAUUCCUGUGUGGUGGAGGUGGUACUACUGGAUCAGCCCUGUUUCUUGGACACUAUAUGGAUUGGUGGUGUCACAGUAUGGAGAUAUACAGGAAAAGCUUGAAUCAGGUGUCACAGUUAAAGAUUUUUUGAGGAGUUAUUAUGGUUAUAAGCAUGAGCUUUUAGGAGUGGUUUCUGCGGUGAUUGUUGGGUUCCCUAUGCUUUUCGCAUUCAUCUUUGCUUUUUCAGUAAAAGCAUUUAAAUUCCAAAGAAGAUAAGAAGACAAAUGGAGCCAUUACAUAACCUAAUUUUAGCAUUUAGAAACAAGUUAAAAAUUUUAUGGGGUUCAAAAUUUGAUUGUUA